AUGCGGAACGAACUUGAGGGCGUGUAUCUCUUAGUCACUAACUUUGGCAUCGGAGGGUCUACGAUCGGCACCACACCAGUGCUCAAGACCUCACAUGCCGUUUCUGUCUUCAGCUCGGAUCCAGCGUCCACUUUAGCCACAGGAUGCCACGGGAAGAAGGCCCCUUCGGUCCACGAUCAUCAACAUACCUGCCGCAACAAAGGACGAUCGGCGGAGCCAUUUUGUCAGAAACUCCAGUCAAACGGCAGACCAUCAAAUACCUGCCCACGAGACCGAGCCCUUUUGCACCGACCUGCCCCAUACCGAUUCCACCAUCCGCCUACUCCUCCAGAAGAUCAACUGAAUCGAAGAGGAACAGAAUCAGUACCGGACACCAACUUGGGGAAAGAUCCAGCCAGGACCACACACCGACCAGAUCUGAACCUUCAAACGCGAGAAGGAUGUCCAACAACUCCGGAUAUCGUUCUACACGGGAGUGGAGGAUCAUGUCACCCACAUACACAUCUUUCAAUCGGCAUUAGGAUGCAAGGGCCUACCGAUGGAAGGCAAUGUCUGAUGUUCCCCUCCACACUUGCCGGAGCCGCCUUGAACUAG